GGUUUCGUGGAAGGAGACGGACCAGAGCUGGCCGAGGAUUGGCCGUGGCGCCGAGGGGGCGUGGCCGGCGCGAGCGAGAGGGAGCGCGAGGGAGCGGGUGGCGGACUUGCCUGCCAGCUAGCCAGAGCCGCGGGCGAGCGCGGCAAGCGGGGAUCCUGGUGAGGAGCGCUGCGCGGGAGGCGCGUCCCCCAGCUCCGCCGCGGCCGCCCUCCGCCGCUCGAGCGCUCCGCUUCCUUCCCUCCCCUCCCCUGCGCUCCGGCCUGGGGUCUCGGCGCGGGGAGCGGAGGGAAGGGACGAAGGAGGAGGAGGUGAAAGCGGGGUGAGGGGCGGAAGGGUCCCGGCGCGGGGUGAGGCGAGGGCUGCCUCUCGUUCUCCCGCCGCUGCCGCCGUCUCCUGGUCGGGUGCCGCGGCCCGAGGCGCGCGGGGCUCCCGGGGCGCCCGCACUAUGCAGGCGGACUGCCGGCUGCCGGGAUGGCGAGCCGGGCGGUGUUGAGAGCCAGGCGCUGCCCGCAGUGUCCCCAAGUCCGGGCCGCGGCCGCCGCCCCCGCCUGGGCCGCGCUCCCCCUCUCCCGCUCCCUCCCUCCCUGCUCCAACUCCUCCUCCUCCUCCAUGCCUCUGUUCCUCCUGCUCUUACUUGUCCUGCUCCUGCUGCUCGACGACGCUGGAGCCCAGCAAGGUGAUGGAUGUGGACACACUGUACUAGGCCCUGAGAGUGGAACCCUUACAUCCAUAAACUACCCACAGACCUAUCCCAACAGCACUGUUUGUGAAUGGGAGAUCCGUGUAAAGAUGGGAGAGAGAGUUCGCAUCAAAUUUGGUGACUUUGACAUUGAAGAUUCUGAUUCUUGUCACUUUAAUUACUUGAGAAUUUAUAAUGGAAUUGGAGUCAGCAGAACUGAAAUAGGCAAAUACUGUGGUCUGGGGUUGCAAAUGAACCAUUCAAUUGAAUCAAAAGGCAAUGAAAUCACAUUGCUGUUCAUGAGUGGAAUCCAUGUUUCUGGACGCGGAUUUUUGGCCUCAUACUCUGUUAUAGAUAAACAAGAUCUAAUUACUUGUUUGGACACUGCAUCCAAUUUUUUGGAACCUGAGUUCAGUAAGUACUGCCCAGCUGGUUGUCUGCUUCCUUUUGCUGAGAUAUCUGGAACAAUUCCUCAUGGAUAUAGAGAUUCCUCGCCAUUGUGCAUGGCUGGUGUGCAUGCAGGAGUAGUGUCAAACACGUUGGGUGGCCAAAUCAGUGUUGUAAUUAGUAAAGGUAUCCCAUAUUAUGAAAGUUCUUUGGCUAACAACGUCACAUCUGUGGUGGGACACUUAUCUACAAGUCUUUUUACAUUUAAAACAAGUGGUUGUUAUGGAACACUGGGGAUGGAGUCUGGUGUGAUCGCGGAUCCUCAAAUAACAGCCUCAUCUGUGCUGGAGUGGACUGACCACACAGGGCAAGAGAACAGUUGGAAACCCGAAAAAGCCAGGCUGAGAAAACCUGGACCGCCUUGGGCUGCUUUUGCCACUGAUGAAUACCAGUGGUUACAAAUAGAUUUGAAUAAGGAAAAGAAAAUAACAGGCAUUAUAACCACUGGAUCCACCAUGGUGGAACACAAUUACUAUGUGUCUGCCUACAGAAUCCUGUACAGUGAUGAUGGGCAGAAAUGGACUGUGUACAGAGAGCCUGGUGUGGAGCAAGAUAAGGUAUUUCAAGGAAACAAAGAUUAUCACCAGGAUGUGCGUAAUAACUUUUUGCCACCAAUUAUUGCACGUUUUAUUAGAGUGAACCCUACCCAAUGGCAGCAGAAAAUUGCCAUGAAAAUGGAGCUGCUCGGAUGUCAGUUUAUUCCGAAAGGUCGUCCUCCAAAACUUACUCAACCUCCACCUCCUCGGAACAGCAAUGACCUCAAAAACACUACAACCCCUCCAAAAAUAGCCAAAGGUCGUGCCCCAAAAUUUACGCAACCACUACAACCUCGCAGUAGCAAUGAAUUUCCUGCACAGACGGAACAAACAACUGCCAGUCCUGAUAUCAAAAAUACUACCGUAACUCCAAAUGUAACCAAAGAUGUAGCACUGGCUGCAGUUCUUGUCCCUGUGCUGGUCAUGGUCCUCACUACUCUCAUUCUCAUAUUAGUGUGUGCCUGGCACUGGAGAAACAGAAAGAAAAAAACUGAAGGCACCUAUGACUUACCUUACUGGGACCGGGCAGGUUGGUGGAAAGGAAUGAAGCAGUUUCUUCCUGCAAAAGCAGUGGACCAUGAGGAAACCCCAGUUCGCUAUAGCAGCAGCGAAGUUAAUCACCUGAGUCCAAGAGAAGUCACCACAGUGCUGCAGGCUGGCUCUGCAGAGUAUGCUCAGCCACUCGUAGGAGGAAUUGUUGGUACACUUCAUCAGAGAUCUACCUUUAAACCAGAAGAAGGAAAAGAAGCAGGCUAUGCAGACCUAGAUCCUUACAACUCACCAGGGCAGGAAGUUUAUCAUGCCUAUGCUGAACCACUCCCAAUUACGGGGCCUGAGUAUGCAACCCCAAUCAUCAUGGACAUGUCAGGGCACCCCUCAGCUUCAGCUGGUCUGCCCGCCACAUCCACUUUCAAAGCUACGGGGAACCAACCGCCCCCGCUAGUGGGAACUUACAAUACACUUCUCUCCAGGACUGACAGCUGCUCCUCAGCCCAGGCCCAGUAUGAUACCCCGAAAGGUGGGAAGCCAGGUCCACCUGCCCCAGACGAAUUGGUGUACCAGGUGCCACAGAGCACACAGGAAGUAUCAGGAGCAGGAAGGGAUGGGGAAUGUGAUGUUUUUAAAGAAACCCUUUGAAGGUGAUGCUGCUUUUUACAAAGCAUCGUUUUAAAGCACAUGGCCUUUUUUUUUUUUUUUUUUAAUUAUUAGUGGUAGUAAUAUAUAGAAUGUAUUACAUAUCUGUCACUGAAGUGGUUGGGGAAAAUGUGGUGACCAAGGUACAGGAAACUACUAAUCUUGCCAUCUUGCUUUAAAGGUGUUAUGGUGGCACAGUUACUGCUCGCCUGUUAAAUUUCAAAUGUCCUGUUUGAUACUACUGUAGAACACUAUUUUUAAUACAGAAAAAGCUCCCUAUAAUGCACUUCAGAGAAAUGAAAAAUCACUGAGAGUAUUUAUUACCAAUGCUGCAGGUACAUUAAUGAACUCGAGAUGGCUCUGUAAGCCUGACUGGCAAUAACGCAUGGUACUGUUCUUGAAAUACCUAAUGGCUUGAAAUUCUAGUCUUGUUUGUGAAAGAUGGGUACUAUCAUGAUUUCCUCUUUUAUUCCUAUAUUCUUUUCUGGAUUUUUUUUUUUAAUAAUUACUGAUAUAAGCAUUGUUUUGAUUGCAGCCGUAUCCACUUAUCCAUCUUAAGAUCUCUAGCUGGGAUUCUCUGACUUGUAAUGAGCAGGGGGAUUGCUUUUUCACUUUGUGACACUCUUUAGAGCUUUAAUGCUUCACAGUAUAUGGCCUGGUCUCGUCCUUGCGUGUUCCACUUGAGGCCCUUGGUGGCUUGCCCCAUUCUUGUGUUUGUAAAAUGUUUAUUUCUGAUGAGUGAUGCUUGCCUUAGUCUCAUGAAUUCAGAUCCCUUCAUGUCUUUAAGUAUGCUCCUCUAUGUGUAAACAGGAACAACUUGACGAUUUGAAAGCUUUAAAGGAGAUUCUUCUCCCACCCCCAACUUUAUUUACAAUGGGAUUUUUCCUAGGAGAGUUAUGAAAAGUUGAAGGCUUCUAAGGGAGUGCUGUAAACAUGAUCCACUUACAUUUAUCACAGUGAAAGGCAAAAUUAUUCACUCAGAAGUAAUAUAAAUUACCUCUUUAAAAAGUAACCAGAAUUUGUCCUUUUGGGUUUUAUACAUUCACAAAAAUACAUUUUUCUUGAGUCUCAAGGUAUUUUACAUUUUUAGUCAGAAAAAAUAAUUUUUCAUUUCAGUUUUCCAUAAACUAUUACACACAAUAUAAACCUAACGUGUAUUUUUCAGGACUGCAUGAUCGUGCACUUUGUCUAUGUGGUAAGAGGUUUGAGUAAUCCUGUAUGUCACCUAGGAACAGACAUUAUAGCUUCCUAGCAAAUGAAUAUUCAUGCCUUGUUUUUGAUACCUCCUGGCAGCUUCCAUGUCACCACUUGUUCAUACCUGCCCAGAGCUAGUUUUAGACACAGCAAAAUAGAAACCCUCUGUAAUUUAUUAGCCAACAAUGUAAAACCAUCUUUAAAAGCCUUCAGACUGGCAACAUGACAUGAGCAGUUCACCAUAUGAUAAAAAUAUAUAAAUCUGACAUUCCCUCUUCCAUAAACCUUUGUAGAUGUAAUGUAGAACAGUACUUUUCCAUAAAGUUCGAGUCACUUCUGUUGGCCUGAGCCACCAGAUUAUGUUGUUGCCAGAAUUCACUCAAUUUGAAUAAAGAUGAACAGUAUUUGUUUUCUUGCUUCCAUGAAUUAUAUCAGUAUUCUAAAACAUGGCUUCAGAAAGAGAACUGUUUAUUUCUGCAGGCUUCCUGCCCUUUUGUGGUAUGGUUUUGUUGGCCUUAUUUUCACUGGUUUUUCCUUCUCCAGACUUUGAGGCGCAAUUUCAUUCAUUGAAAAAUCAAUACAUAUUUUGUUUCAAAAUGUUUGAAACAAAAGACAUAGAUGUUAGACUUUUAUGAAAACAUACAUGGAUGUGUAUUAUUAACGCAGUCAUCCCUUUUCAGGUGGGAGGAGAGCAAGCCAGUUGAUUUUUUUAAUUCAUCCUUAACACAGAGAAUAUACUUUUCCUCAAGUAAUAUACCUGUUUGAAGCUUUAAGAGAGAUGUUUUUGGUAACUAUUUCAUUUUCCCAAAGAAGUUUGCUAUUCUUAUGUUAAUUGUGUAUACCUGAUUGAUUGUUUUUUCCUGGAGGUUUUUGUUGUUGUUUAGUUUUGGUUUUUUUUUUUUUUUAAGAGGCAAGUGUUUCUGAAAUGAUGCAUAUUUUAAGACUCAAUUCAUAUUGCCACUGUGCUAUCCUUGAACUACCAAUAAUUUUUAUAAAAUAUCUAGUUUUUACUACUUUUAUAUAAACUUUACUUUCCAGAUGAAGAGCUGAGCCUGAUUCAAAUGGUUUUUCUGCUUUGUACUUCUUUUUAGUUUAUUGGUUUUUAUAGUAGAGGUUUUCUAUUUUUUUUUUUUUAACUACAUUUAUAUCUGAUACAUAUAUAGCUUUGGAGACAAUCAAGUAACAACUGAAAAUGUGAAAGUAACUGUAUCUGACAAAAUUCCCUUGUAUUUUUAUCCUUUGCUUGCAACAUUUAAGACUUAAAGUCACUGGUGUAUUGGAUUAAGUUUUUUCUUAUUAAUACAGUUAUAGAAAUACAUCAGAGACACAACAAAUGUGGCCAUUACAGGUUUCAUAAAAUUACACUGACUUGGCUGUUACUUGAUCUUAGGAAACAGCACAGUUUAAGAUAUUGUGAAUUCUGACUUAUACUUUAUUAAAUGCUGUAAAUCUAAAUAGAUCCUGUUGUAUGUGCUGGGUCUAGUCCAGUUUAUUUAAGUCCACGUUUCACUGUUUGCACUUUGCAUUGAACAAUGGGUUUAUUCACUGAUGUAAAUGGUUCGAGUGAAGAAUUAAUGCAGUAAUUACGACAACACAUACACUUGCCUCUCCCCAUCCCCAGAAGAGGGGAGCAGAAUCCGAGCUUAUCUAAAUAUGAAUGUGGCCACAAAGCUGUGGAAAGUGACAAAGCUUGAACACCUUUGCCCUGGCUCUUCAUUGUCACCUAGAGAGCAAGAGGUCUAUAGAAACAUCAUGUCAGAUGAGACGAUUCUCUUCUUUUUGGUUCUGAACUUGAAGUCCCUAAACUGCAAAAUCUAAGAGUUGGAUGGUUAUUAAAAUGCUUUUAAAGUCAACUGUGGCACCAAUUCUCAUGUAAUCCAACUUUUUUUUUUUUUUUGGUGGCACUGGGCAAAGUGGAAACAAACAUGUAUUGAAAUACAUAUUGGAAAUAAAAAUGGUUUGAGCGUCAGUGAUAUUCUCCCAGAAUGUACUUUUCUUACCUCGGCAUGUACUGUAGUCACUCAGUAUUUGUAUAUGUUGCUAGAAUUUAGAUUGUAAAAUAGUGAAAUUUUAAUGUGUUCAUUUGUUUUUAAUAAAUUGUAUAUAUGUCUUGCUCAGAUUAUUUGGUUUAAAUAAAACAACCUUGAGGUUUGUAGCUUUUCCUUAUACUAUAAAA